AUGACAUCGGCGAAUAAUGCAUCGUCGAAAAUAUCCCCUCAUGACGACCAGUACAAUAUCCUGAUCGAAGGUCUUCUGGCAAUAGCAAGAAUUGUUGCUGCACGAGUUCCAAUAUCGACAGAAGCUGAGAAGAAAGAAGAUAAACCGCAAGAUAUAUUUAAACGAGGAUUAGGCAGAAUUUCGAACUUCCAGAGAUCAACAGGAAUCGGUAGGACUAUUUACGUCGACGAUAUGCGCAAAAACGGACACGAGAAUGGGGCCGACAUGGCGAGGGACAAGUUCGACGACUGGAGCACCAGCACUGGCACUGAUAGUCUCGACAACACGUCGCAUCGCUUGCGUACCAACGAGCGACCGGGGACGGCUACGCUCAAUCGGCCCGCAAUACUCAACAUCUCCCACGUCAACACCCUCGACAUGAGCACAACGAACAGCCGAGCCCUACUGACGAGUGGCAAAGUGAGCUCUUCCUUCAUUCGCACCAGCAUUGUCCCAUACGAACCACCAAGUCCGCCACCAAUGCGACUGAAUGGUCAGGUUCGAGCCAACAGCCUGCCGCGCAACAGACCCGCGAGACCGAACAGGCGCCUCUUUAGGGACGACUCGCACCUCGCGUCGAGCUCGGAAAGCGACAACUACGACCUGAGAUGCAGGACGGCAGUGAAGCAAGAAGCAACGGUGUUGCCUCAGACGACCCGAGUUAUUGAAGAUAGCUUGGAAUCGCGGACGCGAACUGGUCGCGGUAAGUCGAAGCCGAAGCGCCCGAGGACCAUUAAGCUGUCCAAGCCAAGCAUCGAUUUACCCAUUCCGCACAUAACGUCGUCGUCGUACAUGGGGAAAAGAUACCAUACGUCUCAGCGACCGACGCCGAUCAUCCCGGCAGGAAACGGCGACAUUCCAGAGCCCUGUACGACGUGUGGCAGGCUGGACCAGCCGGAGCGUUUCCACUCUCACCCAGCCCAUUCGAGACUCGGUCACACGCAUAGAGUCUUACAUCACCACAAUCUUCAAGGUCCGGUUCGAAGAACCAAAGACCACGACAAUAACGAGUCUUCGCACGUCAAAACCGUUCGGUCGGUCAUCAAACCCGCUGCGAUUCGUUAUCAGAGAAAGCAAGAGUUUCUGCGUCAGAAGGAAAAGCCAAGCUACAAGCACAAAAAUCGAGAUGAUUUCAUCUGCGGAAUGAGUUCAACGCCGGACUUGGAAGUUAAACUCGACGUCAACUUCAACAACUUGACGAUAGCUGCAGAGAAGAAGACAAACGACAAACACCAGAAAGAAGAGAUAUCUCGAACUGAGCACCAUUACAGUAAGCCCGACUUUACUGGAACGUUGGCAACGUUGAAUAACGCAAAGAAAACGGAUGCAGAGCCGCAGAAGAUUGACAACAAACGUACCUCGAAUAAAAGAGCCCAUCAACGCCAAAAAAUAAUUCCAAAUGGAAGUGAUCUUGAUGACUUGGCAGAUGAUGAGAAAUCACCGGAGCCGAAGCCGAGAAAACUUGUCGAUUCGCAUUUACUGUCCGACUCAGAAAUAGCGAAUAUGAAUCCGGAACCAGCAAAAUUUUCGGACCGCUGUUACCGUUGCUACUUUUGCGGCGGAAAGUACGGUUCAUUGUCCUUGGCGAUCCAUGCUGAGAACUGCUUAAAGCGUUGGCGGAGAAGUCGAGAUAAUCUUCCGAAGCGACUGCGCAUACCGACACCCGAACCUCCCCCAAUGGAUGAUCCAACAAGAAACCGCGACAUGUGGAACGAGCUGGCAAUCGAAGUUUUCAACAAACAAGCCAAUCCCGAGUGUCCAGACUGUGGAAGAAGAUUCGGCGUAGACCGAAUCGCGCAGCAUUCGAAGAGCUGUGCGAAGAUGAAGCGCAACGAGCCUCAGCGUCCUCCUACACCCGUGAAACGACCUCCGCCGCAUAUUCCAUGUCACAUUUGUGGUCGCCUUUUCGGAACGGCGUCCAUUGACAUCCACAUCCCACAUUGCGAAGAAAAAUGGGAACGGGAAAACAACGAUCUGCCGCCGCAUCUUCGCAGGCCGCCACCAAUGCGACCGCAGUUUGUCUUCAAAGAUAAUGGAGAUAUUGACUAUGAGGAGACACAGAACGUUUUCUGGCAGUCACACGCGGACCAGCUGGUUCCUUGUCCAAAAUGCAAAAGAACUUUCUACCCCGACCGGCUGGAGAAGCACGAGCCAACUUGUCGAGGACCACGAUGAGGUUUUUUUUUCGCUACAAGAGUGGACAAAUAUUUGGGAAAUGAACGUUGUGAAAACUUG